AUGCGCGGGGUGGCCGCCUACGCUGCCGUCCCGGUGGCGGCGGUCGCCGGCUCUGCCCGCGGUGGCGCCACGCGCUGGGUCGUCCCGCACGCCGCCCCUGCGUCGGCUGUCGCGGGCUCGGCCCGCCGCGGCGCCAGGCGCUCGGUGGCCGCGCACGCAGCGCCAGACGCGGGCAGCAACCACGCCGACGCCGACAAGGAUAACCACUUCUACGAGGUGAUCGAGACCUACACCCUUCAGGCCCUGGAGAUGCUAGCCGCGAUCCAGCUACCCGCCGCUCUCGCCGGCAAGGCGGAGACACUCAAGUCCCAUCUCGAGGAAGCCGUGGACGCGGCCAAGUCUCGGGUGCCGGACAAGGUAUCCUUCGUCAUGGAUCUCCUCCAUAACAUCUACGAUGUCGUGAACCUGGUCUUCGAGUGUAGGUCAAGCGGCGAUUUCAUCCCGUUGAAGGUGUGCUCUCUCACCCGUCCAGAGGAUAAGGCCAUGCUCAAGUCGGGCGAGUCGAUCGUCUUCACCAUCAACAUGGACGAUGAGGAGAAUAUGAUUCGGUCAGUGGUUAUCGCCGUGGGAAUUGCAACAGGCUAUACAGCAGGCUGUGGCUGGCUCAGUAAAGCCCAAAUGGCGAAGUACCUGAAGCGGGCGCUGUAAUGGUGAGACUGAGACCGACCUUAGCAAUCGGAAGGGCGAUGAAGAGACCGACCUUAUCAAGUAGAAUAGUAUGGUCAAGCAGUAGUACCUACCUACCUGCUGUUCGUCUGAUGGUUUACCUCUAUAUCAAGUAGAGUAGUAGUAUGCAUGGUCAAGUAGUAGUAGCCUACCUGCUGUUCGUCUGAUGGAUUACAUCUUCAAGUAGCGAGUAGUACUUGCCUGCUGGUUAUGUCAACUUAUCGAGUAUCUUGUUAUGUCAAAUAUGGUGAUCUUUCCAGUU